GAAGAAUUAGGGAAGGACGUCGCACAUAAACAGAAGAAGGGAUGCCCACUUCUUAGUGCACUUAUUGCUAUUCUGCUGAGCAGAAUGAUUUAGAAGUGCCUUCACCCGUUCAUAACCCAUGCCUGAUAUUUAUAGAGCGAGUCUCAGACAGCUGUGUGCUAUGGCAGUCCCGUUCAGAAUCCCCAAAAAGAAGCAGCCGUCAGAUUCAUGUCUUGACAUGCAGUCUCCACUGUCUCGACUGCAGGACAGCAACUCACACAAGAGGCAGUGGGGUUCAGUAACUCUUAAUGGAAGAACGCCUCAUAAAAGCAGUCCUAAUGGAAAUGUGCUGCCAAAAGACACUCAGAGGAGUGAAACGGUGAGUUUUAAAAUGAACAAACAACCGAUAAAAAUCUGCCCUGUUCAGGGGAACAGGACACCCAAUAAGGUGUCCGAGACGCCUGGUUUCAGAGCCCAGUGUCAAACUCCCACCGCAGGGAGAGACUUCACAGGAAACAACAGAUGGAGACCCAAAAGAGCAUCGGAUACUCUUCUCUGCCAUGAUGAGAACCAUACGGGCGCGUCUGAAAGCUCUUCUUUCAAGAUCCGUAGAGGCCUGGAUCCGGGAGAACUGGAGACAUGUGGGCUUUUCCAUGAGAAAGAAGAAACAGAAGGGACACAAGGUCACUCUCAGGUGAAAGAGGCACAGAGGUCAUCCACUUCAGAGGACACGGCACACGUUUCACAGGAAGACCGCAAAUUAAAGUCCACAGGUUCUGUUGGUGAUGUCUCUAAGAACACUGCAAGCAAAAACAAGAAUGGAACUGUAUUGAAUGAACAAUCUGUUUCCAAACUGUCCAAUCAUGAGCCCAGUCUCCGCUCAGGACGCUCUCUUCAGGAAGCUCCAGCUAGGCAUCUGAGGACCUCUGGAGAAAGAGCUGCCACCUCUGUGCCUGUUAGAAAAGACCCACUCACUUCACCCCCAGAGGCCAAGAGCAAAGACCCUUUUGGGUCAUUUUACAGCAAUAGAUUGAGGAGGAAGCCCCCGGUUUUCUACAAAACCUACAAGAGAUCCAAGCCUAGCUCCACAGAGCCAAUCGUGCUGUCCAGCGAUGAUGAAGGAGCCGAUGAGAUGAAUGAAGUAUCUGGGAGUUUGCAAGAGCAGCGGAUAUCUGAGGGGGUCGGGAACGCUCAGUCAGGGAACCAAAAGAGCCCAAAGACAAAUGCAGGAGGUGAAAGAUCAGCGACCAAAGUAGAUGUGCCUUCCAUCAUAGAACUGGACUUCAGCAGACUCCAUUACGACACAAUCGAGGCGCAGGCCAACGGGACCAUUGUGAUCACAGAUGAAGGCAUCUCUGUACCACUGAAAGGACAGGCCUGUCCGUUCGUCCUGCUGGUGUUGACCGGCCAGUUGGAGGAUCUUCAGGUGGCUCUGUUGGCAUCUCUCAUGGACGUGAUUGGCCUGCGACACGGUCAGAGUGAUUUGAGUAACUCUCUGUCCUGGUCGGACGGACUGAAUCGGCUUCAUUGCUACCCACGGGGCGAACAUCUCCUGUACCUGCUGGGACAAAACGUGAAGGACGCUGGACAGGACACAGCAGAGGAGAACACAAGUGGGACCAGCAGCAGGCUAAGAGAGCCAACAGUCAGAAGACCCCUCCGGAGCCACAGCCGGCAACAGAGCUCACCACGCAGGCUGAUCCAGUUCCCACCUCCCCCCUCCAAGGGCGGCAUUACCGUGACAACCGAGGACCUGGAGUGCCUCAAGGAUGGCGAGUUUCUCAACGACGUCAUCAUCGACUUCUACCUCAAGUACCUUCUGUUGGAAAGAGCCGACAAAGACGUGGCCGAAAGAUCUCACAUCUUCAGCAGCUUCUUUUACAAGCAACUCACUCGGAAAAACACUAGCUGCCCUGAAGAGACCGGCAGCACAGCCCAGUACAGACGGCAUCAGAGAGUGAGAACAUGGACCCGUCAUGUGGACAUCUUUAGCAAAGACUACCUUUUUAUACCCGUAAAUCACGAGGCUCACUGGUACCUCGUGGUGAUCUGUUUUCCCGGUCUGGAACGGCUUGAGUGUGUACCGUGGAGAAACAAAGGCCCUGUGUCCCAGGAUAAGAGUCAGACAGCUAAAGCCAGCUCUGCAGGGGAUUGUCAAAGAGGUAGCAUACACACAUCAACAGGGUUAUUAAAGUGA